CAGCUCCUCGUGUUUUUGCAGAGAUAAUUUACGUUCUUUUAGUGAUUUUGUACAGAAAAUCCGCAAAGUUUUACGCGUGUGAUAAGGAAGAGCUAUGAACUUAGACACGGAAAUACGCCACAUGUCGUGGCACUUGGAGCAUGUGGCCGAUAUCCUGGACAUGACCGAUGGCUGGAGAGAAAUGAUUGGUUUGAUUCCCAAAAAUAUAGAGCAUAUCUCCAUCCCACGACCCACGCCGAUGUUUACCGCUUGCCAUGAAGAUAAAAUCGAAAAGAUAAGCAAGGAGAAGAAAACUUCGCCAUCAAAGUUGCUGCUGGAAGAAUGGAGCGUAUCGGGUAAGGUGAGGCCGAAGGUUUACCAUCUUCUAACAAUCCUGAACCGCGCGCAUGAAGUACGUGCAAUAGUGUAUCUGACCAUACAUCUAGAAAAAUCUCUAGAUCAGCUAGACAACGAACUGCCGGAGGACAUUGAGACGGAAUCCAUGCUCGACGGUUUGAGCUAUCCUUCGGAAUCGCAGCUACUGAACGGCUCCACGAUCACCAACAAUCGCGAUUAGUACGGCAUAAUAGGACUUGAAAAAGACCAAGCGACCUAAAUUUCAGCUUAACAUUUGCCAGGAUAACGGGACAGAUAAAUGAUACCGGAAAACAUAAAUCAUGCCAGAGAGCGGUCUAAUGCAGUAAACCAUUCAGAUAUGCCUCGCCUCAAUCAUCUGCAAUUAUCGAUGACAAUUAUCGAUGCUAUCUAUCUGUAGUACGGAUCGUGAAUCUACAGCUUCGAUACAGCGAUUUCCAUUUUUAGGCCCAAUUCCUUCCAAUCUCAAGAGUAAAACAAUGACAGUACCUACGAUCAUCUCGAACGUGUCACGGACAUCAUACGCGAACCGUUCUUGUUGGAUAUAGCUAGCUGAAAAUCCCGUAGAAAUGCUUAGAGGAUACAUGAUGCCGACCAACGAAUGGUGUGCUAGUGUCGCAAAUAUCUGAGUUGAGAAUAUAAUGACUGCAGUCGCGCAAAUAGAAGUGAGAGCCAGCAUUGUGUAUCCAUCAUGAUGUACUGUUUGUUGUAUUGUUUGAAAAAGAAUCGAUAGCAGGCAAACUAUCAUUGAAAUACUCACUAUAUUUGUUGUAUAAUAAAGAACAAAAAAUGCUCAACAACAGUUUCAUAUGAAGUUUUAUAGUUGUUCUUUUAUAUUAGACAAUGUGAAAUGUAACCAUGAGCAAUGAAAUAUUACUCAAGACAAAACAUUUACAUCGGAACUGACAUUUUUAA